GCGUUCCCUUCCUUGACAUGGCGGGGGCCGCCGCGCAGCUGAGGCACCGGGGGGCGCCUGGGCCCGCUGCCGGCCGCAGUCAGUGGGGGCUGCGUCCCCCUUCGCCCGGAGCAGCGGCGGCGGGGUGCUGAGGGCUUGUUCCGUCCCGUCCCGUCCCGUCCCGUCGCCAUGCUGCCUGGCGUGGGGGUGUUCGGCACCGGGCUGACGGCGCGCGUGAUCGUGCCGCUGCUGCAGGCGGAGGGCUUCGCCGUGAAGGCGCUGUGGGGCCGCACGGCCGAGGAGGCGGAGGAGCUGGCCGGGGAGCUGAGCGUGCCCUUCCACACCAGCCGCAUCGACGAGGUGCUGCUGCACCACGACGUCGACCUGGUGUGCAUCAACCUGCCGCCGCCGCUCACCCGCCAGGUGGCCGUCAAGACGCUGGGCAUUGGAAAAAAUGUCAUCUGUGACCGAACAGCAACUCCCCUGGAUGCCUUUAGGAUGAUGACUGCGGCUCAUUAUUACCCAAAGCUCAUGAGCAUCAUGGGGAACGUCUUGCGCUUCUUGCCUGCCUUUGUGAAAAUGAAGCAGCUGAUCCAGGAGGGUUAUGUGGGGGAGCUGCUGGUGUGCGAGGUGCAGGUUCACAGUGGAAGCCUGCUGGGCAAAAAGUACAACUGGAGCUGUGAUGACCUGAUGGGAGGCGGAGGUUUGCAUUCAGUUGGCACCUACAUUAUCGACCUCCUGACCUUCCUCACCAGCCAGAAGGCUGUGAAGGUGCAUGGCUUGCUCAAGACCUUCGUGAAGCAGACGGACCACAUCAAGGGGAUACGGCAGAUCACCAGUGAUGACUUUUGUACAUUUCAGAUGGUUCUGGAGGGUGGUGUGUGCUGCACAGUGACGCUCAACUUCAAUGUCCCUGGGGAGUUCAAACAAGACAUUAUUGUGGUGGGUUCGGCAGGCCGGCUGAUUGUAAUAGGUGCUGAUCUCUAUGGACAGAGCAACAGCUCUCCUCAACAGGAGCUCCUGCUGAAGGACUCCACGCCAGUCAGCAAUUCCUUACUUCCAGAGAAAGCAUUCAGUGACAUCCCUUCCCCUUACCUCCAAGGCACUAUUAAGAUGGUUCAAGCUGUCCGGCAGGCAUUUGAGGACCAGGAUGACAGGAGGACCUGGGACGGGAGGCCUCUCACAAUGGCUGCCACCUUUGACGACUGUCUGUAUGCCCUGUGUGUGGUGGACACCAUUAAAAAGUCAAACCAGUUGGGGGAGUGGCAGAACAUUUCAAUCAUGACCGAGGAGCCAGAACUGAGCCCAGCAUACUUAAUCAGUGAAGCCAUGCGGAAGAGCAGGAUGUCUGUGUACUGCUAGCUCCCCUCAGCUCCUAGGAGAGGAUAGGAACCAGACAGCUCUUAAAGGAAAUGGUAACUCAGCCCUUGUGAAGGGCUUGGGCAUCUUGCAAACAGCUGAGGAUAUGGGGGGAGGAAAUACGGUGUUUGGAUCAGCUAAACAUGUUGGUGGCUAAAUACAAAAGUGGUAAGAAAAAAAUGCCCAAAAUGGAUAGGAGAGUUAAGAGCUGACAUAACUGUUUUAAUAACAGUAUUAGCUGGCUGAUUGGAAAGAUAAAUCAUGGACUCACCUCCUGCUUGCAGGUGCUUUAGAUUAUUCAAUUGUGUUUACUGUGAAAGGUUGGGAAGGUCCUUUUAGAUUUUCCUGAUGUACCAGAGGGCUGUGAAGGUACUGUCAUGUCAUCAAAUUUUCUGUAUUGUCUGACAUGAAUGGUUCCUAUCAUGACAGCUGACACCAUCAUGCUGUACUACAUCUCUGACCAACACACAGAGUAGCGGGAGUUGGUGUGAAAGUGUCGCGUGAUAUAGAAAAUCUUGGCAGCUCACUUUUCAUACAGCUUUUUAGGAGCUUCUAUGUGUUGGUUUAGUUAGUUGUUUUGUAAUUCCUUUUAAAGCACAAUUAAGUAGAAAAAUAUGUGGCUUUUACAAAGCAGCCCUCAACCACAGUGCAUAUGCCCUGGUGUUAAGGAAGUGAGGGUCUUUUGUGACCUCACAUGAAGCUGCAGCGUUAGCUGUACAGAUUUGCUGAUGAAAAUGGGUUGUGCAAAACCUUCAUGAAUGUCAGGUGGCAUGAAACAGUAGUGCUGGUGGGUUUUAUUAUACAGCUGAACUCAGGCUAGUCUUAUGAAGGUUUACACUCAAUUUCCUGUGUCUGGGACUCACUUUUGUGUGAAUUCAUCUUGCAUUUCGGUAUUAGGUGGAAAACAGAAAAUAGUAAUCCAUCAGAAAACCAUUUGAUGCUUAGACAGUUAUUUUAAAUCUUUGUGAACUCUCACUUAAGGCAUUUAUACCAACAAUUAAUUUCACAUAGCUCAACCCAGAAGGUUUCAUGUUCACCAAGUGGUGUGUGUGAGUCAAAAAAAAGGGGGGAGGGGAAAAGAUUUCUUGUCAUUUCUAGGGAAAAAAUUACUUAAGAACCUCACUUCUCUACCUGCUUAAAGUAGCUAGCUAUUGGUACUGUAGUAAUUGUUCCCUGUCAUCAGUGCAAGGAUGGACAAACUUUUUUGAUAGGUUUGUCCUGUCCUUCUUUUUAAUAUUUUAGAUUGCAGUCAUGAAAGAAUAUAUUCUUUCAGUUCUUAAAAGAAUAUAGUGAAAGGUACAUGUAUUAUCCCAGUAAAUGGGGAUACUGCUGUUCUGCAUAAAGCUGCUCCUGUGCUUAUGUGUGUACAGCACUAAGUCUUCAGAUAGGAAAGAAGUAGAAAAAGCAUAUAGCAUUAAAUCAUUUUAAAAUUGAUGAAAAUCUUUUCAGUUUGUAUUUUUUAUUUUUGCUAAUUUGACUAGGGAAAAGAGGAAAACAUUUGGAUGAACAGUAAAUUAAAAGAGAAAUUAUGACUGUCUCAAGGUCAUUAGAUCACUGUUGCCAUUUUAGGUUAGAAAGAGAACAAUCAGAAUAAUUUUUUUUUUUUUAAAAAAAAAGCACUAUCAGUUUUACUAUUUUUAGGAGCACUAAGGGCUUCUGAAGAGCUCCUUCAAAUUACUUCCUCUGAUUGCUGUAUCCUCCUGCCUGUCCUGUUCCCACUUUUAGUGCUGCAAAUUAGGAAACCUGAAUCCCACCCCAAAAUUAUUAGUGUGUGCUUAAUUUUUAAAGGGUGUGUACGUGUGACUUUUUAUUAAAUAAUCCCUGAAGUGUAAGGACAUGACGAAAGAAGAAAUGAUGUGAUACAACAAAACCACAACCAAACGGAGAAUUGCUUCUACCCAUAUUGUUCUGUUAGUUGUAGCAUUUGUCUCUGGGGCACACUGUUCCUGCUAAGGCCUUGGGCAAGCUUUCAUCGUUCCUUCUUGGAAACAGCUCUUGACAAGUUUGGAUGUUUUUCCUAGAAUUGACUUCUCUGAGAAUUCCUGUAGUAGUGUCUGUGCCAACUAGAAUUUCAAUUAAUUAUCAUGGUAUACCAUGCUGUACAGUUCUAGUUCUUAAAAAUGCACAGAAAAAUACAGGAGAUCAAAUUCAAUCAAGAAAUCCUCUUUCUCUCCUGAAAAAUCGAAUUAGCCCCAAAGGGAUCAAGGGAGAGUUUUUAUAUUGUAACGCACAAGCCAUUUAUUGAAAAUGCUGGCAAUUUCAAAUCAUGACUGUAAGCCCGGUGGAUAAGUAAACGUAUGUCUAGUUAAAUAAAUAUCAUCCCAAACGGGAACUAAACAUGGACCAAAAUGAAGUGAAUCUUGCUUCUUAGUGGUUUGGCCAUUGUGCUGGAAUUGCUGCUCAUUUCUUUGCACCUUGUUUUGGUUCACAAAUGUGGACAACUAUCUGCAUUUUGUUUCUGUGUCUUUCUGGGUUUUGUGAUUCCAGCUGGAAGAAGAUAUGCUGGAAUCAUAGACAACCCCUCCGCAGUGAAUCCAGGCAAAACGCAGAGAACAGGGAUAGUACUACUGAGCUUGACCUUUCUGUCCCGGAUCCAAAGCUUUAGGUGACACACAUCAUCCAUCCUCUGUACAGAUUUACCAAUGCAGAUAUUGUUGCUUAGCAGAAAUAAUAUUUAACACUUUGCUUACAUAGCCAUCUGAUGCUGGUAUUAGUACUGGCUUUACCGAAUCCUAUACAGCUCCCUUUGACCACAGUGCUGUUCCCAGGAUGAGCAGGGGCAGGGUGGGACCUCCUCUUCUGCGAGCAGCAUAAAUCUUAUGCUAGAUUUAGGUGAACUUGUUACCUCAGUGGGACGGCAGCAGUAACCGAAUACGUUCAGGAUUGUAUGACAGUUUUUCCAUUCUUGAUUAGGUGAAGGUGCUAUAGUGUCGCUUGUAAAGAUACUAAACUUCCACCUGGCUAAGAGGAGCAAGGACUUGGUUUAUUUGAAGAACAAGUAUCACUAUUCUAAAAAUAAACGUUACUUUACAGACUGGGAUCUUUCUUGGCAGUAUGAAAUUCUCUGCUCUUCUGGUACAGUUGAAAGUACAUUGAAUUGCCCUAAGUAGCCUCUGGAGUUCAUGCUGGGUUUAAGAAUUUGAGCAGGAGUUAAAAGAGAUGUACUUGAUUGAACUCAAAAGCGGUACUGCACCAGGGAUCAUAUAUUUGGAAUUGCACUUUUAAUGCUGUUUUUUAAUGCUGUGCCACAAGAUUUGAGAUGAAUGCUGCUAGAAUUGGUGCAGGCCUAAUAGCCAAACUGAGGCUACUGCUGGAAUUUACAGUAGCCUCCAAAUGGGCAUGUUCAUACACUAGAUGAGAAAUGUGCAUUCCUCUUUCCUAGGGCUCCUGUUGCUCUUUCCUUUGCCAUCUACCUGUGCACAUAAUAUACUGAACAUAAUGGUCUGUUGCCAAAGA